AUGUCGCCGGUCACAAUCCAUCUCCGGUCUGAGACAAAGCCGCUAGAGCGUCGCUCUCCAUUGUCACCCUCGACUGCCAAGGCUUUGCUCGACGCUGGCUACGUAGUUCGAGUGGAAGAGUCUCCUGACCGUAUCUACAAGAUCGAUGAGUUCAGAGCUGUCGGAGCUGAGAUUGUGCCUACUGGCUCUUGGGUCAAUGCACCCAAGGGCGACAUUAUCCUGGGAUUGAAGGAGAUUGAAGCUGAUGGAACACCAUUGCCGCAUACCUACAUUCAUUUUGCUCACGUAUACAAAAAGCAAACUGGUUGGGCUACUGAGCUGUCUCGCUUCUCAAACGCAGGUGGCUUGCUGUAUGACUUGGAGUUCCUCACAGAUGAAGACGGAAGACGAGUGGCUGCAUUCGGAUACUGGGCUGGGUUUGCUGGAACUGUGCUGGCGCUCUUAUCCUGGGCUCAUCAACUGCUCAACCCCGGCGUACCCCAAGGACCGGUUCCCGUCGUCGACUCUGCCUCUGCUUUGACUGAACUUGUCAAGGGCAAGGUCGACGCUGCACGUUCCGCUAACGAUGGUGCGCAUCCUCGACUGAUCGUUAUCGGUUGCCUGGGCCGCUGCGGCGGCAAAGGUGCCAUCGCAGCAGCUGAGGCUAUCGGUGUCACUGACAUUCUGAAAUGGGACAUCGCUGAAACGAGCAAGGGUGGCCCAUUUCCUGAGGUUGCUUCGUCUGACAUCUUUGUGAACUGCGUAUACCUAGGCUCCAACAAAAUCCCGCCAUUCACAACUUUCAAAGCUCUCUCAGCACUUGACAGACGACUUCGGGUCAUCUGCGACGUCAGCUGCGGCCCCAUUAGCGAGAACAAUCCCAUUCCAGUAUACUAUAGCUACAGUUCGUUCGAGAACCCCACUGUUCCUGCUUCUGAGCACAUCGAUGGCCCUGAGCUGCGCAUCAUCGCCAUCGAUCAUCUUCCUACCAUGGUUGCGCGUGAGUCGAGCGAUGAGUAUUCCUCACUGCUUCUGCCAAGUCUGUUGACUCUAGACCGUCGGGAUACUGAAGGGGUUUGGCAGCGAGCGGAACGCAUCUUUCGUGAGAAGGUUGCAGAACUGUCCUAA